AUAAAAUAUUUAAACUUAAAAUAUAUAUAUAAAUUUAAGUGCAGGAAUGAGUGCUGGUGAAAGGAGCUGCAAGUUAUAGAUGGAAAGCGUUUAGGAGUCUACCGUCCACACGCAGUCAAGGACAUUAAGCAUGGUGGUGCUGUCAGACAAUGGGCCAGACACAAUGAACCGGGUUGGUAAACCUCUCCAAGUCGGCUUCUAUGAGAUUAUACGUACGCUGGGGAAAGGCAACUUUGCUGUGGUGAAGCUGGCGAGGCAUAAAGUCACUAAAACACAGGUUGCCAUUAAAAUCAUCGACAAAACACGCUUGGAUGCGUCAGGCUUGGAGAAACUUAACAGGGAAGUUAAAAUCAUGAAGCUUUUGAACCAUCCACAUAUCAUCCAACUCUACCAGGUUAUGGAAACCAAGAAUAUGUUGUACAUUGUGACCGAGUAUGCCAACAAUGGGGAGAUGUUUGAUUAUCUUGUGUGCAACGGUCCUCUGAGCGAAGAACAAGCCCGCAAGACAUUCUGGCAAAUCCUUUCUGCUGUGGAGUAUUGCCACAGAUGCCACAUUGUACAUAGAGACCUUAAAGCUGAAAAUUUACUACUGGAUAACAACAUGAACAUCAAACUGGCAGACUUUGGUUUUGGAAAUUUCUAUGUACCUGGAAAGCAUCUGAGUACAUGGUGUGGAAGUCCGCCUUAUGCCGCACCAGAGAUUUUCAAAGGAAAGGAAUAUGAGGGCCCUCAGCAGGACAUCUGGAGUCUGGGUGUGGUUCUUUAUGUCCUGGUGUGUGGAUCUCUACCCUUUGAUGCCGUCUCACUUUCAGCCCUAAAACAGCUUGUCAUAGAUGGACGCUUUAGGAUUCCUUACUUCAUGUCACAGGAGUGUGAGAACCUGAUACGGAGGAUGCUGGUGGUGGACCCGGCCAAACGUAUCAGUCUGGCGCAAAUCAAGGAGCACUACUGGAUGAAAGCUGUCCCGAUAGCAGUGUGCCAGGCUUUCUUUAACUCUCCUGAGCCUGAGAGGCACAGCCAGGCAAAGCGAUACAAUGAGAAAGUGCUCAGUCUUAUGCAAACGCUGGGCAUUGACAAGCAGAGGACCAUUGAUUCUUUACAGAAUGACAGCUACAACCACUACUCUGCCAUUUACUGGCUUUUGCUGGAAAGACUAAUGAAUGGACAAAAGUUGAUCAAAAAAGCUGAUUCAGAUUGGUCUAAAAAGUCUUAUUACAGCCUACCAGUGCUCGGAAAUUCAUUUGAUUCAAGUCCACCCAGGUUACAAUACAGAAACUCUCCUUCUCCCAGCAACUUUCUGGAUGCUGGAUUAAACAGAAAGAUACAAGGUGAAAAUUUCUAUGAAGACGAGAAGCAGAUCCCUCUUAAAACACUACAUCCACAGUACUAUACAUCUGAAAACAGGAGCAUGAUACAGAGACACUCUGAUUGUGUGCGGUCAUCAGUAAAAAGCUGCUGUCACCCACCAAAUAUCGUGGUGGAUCUAAUGGACAGUCCCAAUUCAGACACCUCUCCCACCCCUGCCUUCGAUGUCCCCAGCACCUCUUUUACCUCCCCAGGUGCUCUUUUAGACCCACAGCUCUCUAUGAACCAAAUGCAUGGACAGUUUCCAUUUACACCAAAAUCAGACAGAAGACCUCUAGCUUAUUCAUCUGUUCUGAGGUACCAAAGAGGUUUGCAAGUUCCCAGUUUCCAGGAGCGCAGAAGAGCCUCUGACACCUCACUGCCCCAAGGUCAGUGGGCUUAUCGAGAACAUUUAAGCAAGAAUGUUCACACGACAGGCCAGUUUGGUUGGAACAAAGUUCCUGUGCAGCACCCUUGGUCCCCAAUGCCCAAUCCAGAACCCACUAAUAAACCUCCAGCACAAUCAUGGGAACAUUUCGAUGGUCAGACUGAUGGCUUUCAGCACGAUCAAUGGACAACCAAUAUUCAAUGCCAUCAUCCCCAUCUGGCUCAAAAGCCUUCUUCUUAUCCUCCUCCUACUAUGGCUAUCAACAAUCACUCCAUCCAUCCAGUACUACAUUUUGAGGGUCACUUAACUUCAAGUUACAGCAACCCUUCAUCCCUCCUUCACACACCUCAGAGUCUGCUCUGUCCCCUUCGAGAUCCCCCAGCUCACUCCUCCUGUCUGCCACUACCCUAUUUGUGCUCCACUUCUAGCUGUUGUUCCUCAAGCAUGGUGGAUUCCACCACACUGCUCCUGGAAACACAGUUGCAGAUAAAACCAAGCUCACGCUAAUGUUUGCUAGUGGAGAUGGAGGUUUCAUUGUAUCUGGUCACCUCUUUUGAUUAGUAGUAAUGUAGUGAAAAGUUUUCUAGAGCUGUUCUAGUUACAGUAGAAAUGACAAAUCUAUCAUACACCU